CUCUCUCUCUCUCUCUCUCUCUCUAAAUCUGUGUAGGGCCGUAAACAUGAGCUGGAGGGAGAAUCCGUGGGUGGGAUUCGAGCUGUAAUUCAAUGACUUGUACCGUUAUAAAUACCCUUCAACGCGACUAGUUUGAUUCACUCAUCUUGAGCAGCUCCUUAUAUUAGCAGUUAGUCUCUGUCUCUUCUUUCAUCAUAAGAAAACAGAGAAAACUGAAAAUAAGAUGGACACCAUCUUAUCAAUUUCCUUAUUCUUGUUAGUUUCUCUCUUCUUUCUAUUCUACAAUCUAAUAGCAGAGAAGUCAAAUUCAAGGAGGGUAAAGAAAUUGCCUCUACCCCCUGGUUCUUUAGGUUGGCCUUAUGUUGGCCAAACCUUCCAACUCUACUCUCAAAACCCAAAUGUCUUCUUUGCUUCCAAACAAAAGAGCUAUGGAAGUAUAUUCAAGAGCCACAUACUGGGGUGCCCUUGUGUGAUGAUGUCGAGCCCUGAGGCAGCCAAGUUUGUGUUGGUGAGUCGAGCCCAUCUCUUCAAGCCCACCUUCCCCGCCAGCAAAGAGAGGAUGUUGGGUCGACAGGCUCUCUUCUUUCAGCAAGGAGAGUAUCACUCCAAAUUGAGGAGGUUGGUUCUCAGAGCAGUUAUGCCUGAGGCAAUCAGGACCCUCGUUCCCGAGGUCGAGGCUAUUGCUCUCCACUCUCUCCGUUCAUGGGAUGGCCAUUCCAUCAACACUUUUCAGGAGAUGAAGACGUAUGCAUUCAAUGUUUCACUGCUUUCCAUAUUUGGAAAAGAUGAAAUUCUGGACAGAGAAGAGCUCAAGCAGUGCUAUUACAUUUUAGAAAAGGGAUACAAUUCGAUGCCCAUCAACCUGCCUGGGACUCUAUUCCACAAGGCAAUGAAGGCAAGAAAGCAGCUUGCUCAUAUCCUGUCCCAGAUACUAGCUUCCAGAAGGCAGAGUCAGGAAGAGAGCAAUGACUUGCUUGGAUCUCUCAUGGCAGAGAAAGAAGGUCUGACUGACGAGCAGAUUGCUGACAACAUCAUUGGUGUCAUCUUCGCAGCUAGAGACACCACCGCCAGUGUGCUCACAUGGAUCGUCAAGUACCUCGGAGAGAACCCAAGCUUCCUACAAGCUGUCACCGAAGAACAAGAAGCAAUAAGUAGAAAUAAAGAGAAGGGAUUGGCUUUGAGUUGGGCAGAUACCAAGAACAUGCCAAUAAGCUCUAGGGUGAUUCAAGAGACAAUGAGGAUUGCUUCAAUCUUAUCUUUCACCUUCAGAGAAGCAGUGGAAGAUGUGGAAUAUGAAGGUUACCUUAUUCCGAAAGGAUGGAAAGUUUUACCACUGUUUAGGAAUAUUCACCACAGCCCUGACAUCUUUACUGAUCCUGACAAGUUUGAUCCUACCAGAUUUGAGGUAGCCCCCAAGGCAAACACCUUCAUGCCAUUUGGCAAUGGAAUCCACUCUUGCCCAGGGAAUGAGCUAGCGAAGCUGGAGAUACUAGUCCUUCUCCAUCACCUAACCACCAAGUACAGGUGGUCUGUUCUGGGCCCACAGAGUGGUAUACAAUAUGGCCCGUUUGCACUUCCCCAAAAUGGGCUACCCAUCAUAUUCUCUCUCAAGACAUGAAUGAAAGGGAACUGGUUAAGUGGUGGGCGAUAUCAAUUUCAUCGACAAAUACAGAGAAACUCCUCCAAAAUAAUGUCCAUCGAGAGAGAGAGAGAGAGAGAGAGAGAGAGAGAGAGAGAGAGAAUCUUGCAAUUGGAGGGUUGAGAUUUUGAUAAGCUUCCCAAGAUGAAAAUCCCUCUAUUUACUUUUUUUGGGUAAAUAGAAGAAACUUAAAAUGCAAAAGAACAUUUACUACUAGUCAUCAACCACCCAAAGGGUGAUUUUUGUACAAGCCUUUCAUACCAUAACAGAAAGAUUCAGUUAGAAUU